CACUGCUUAAAUAUAUCUCUGACAUACUCACACACACUCUCAUACCCGCUAUAGCGUGACAGCUGGAUAAUGUAGUGUAGACUAUAAUUCCACUAGGUCUUUAGGAGAAUAUUUUACACACACUCGAGUGUAACACAGGAUUACUGCAGAGAUCAGAACAGACAGGAGUAUAGAUAUGUAUGACAGUUCCAGAGAUGACAUUUCAAUGGAAGCCGAAUAUGCAAAUUGGGAGAAACCCCGUCUCCAGAACGUAAACAAGCAGGGACGUCAACCCUCAGGAGGCGAUGGGAGACGGAGCAGAUAUUCCAGGGUGUUGGCAGUGUUUGCAGUGUGUGUAGCACUGCUGUGUGUUCUCCUGCUGAGCUUCACUAUAGUGCAGUCUGUGAAACUCAACAAUAUGACCGGAGAAAGAGACCAGUUGCAGAUCAGUUAUGACAAUGUGAGUGUUGAGAGAGACCAGCUUCACGGUGAGAGAAACCAGCUUCAGACUGAGAGAGACCAGCUUCACGGUGAGAGAAACCAGCUUCAGUCUGAGAGAGACCAGCUUCACGGUGAGAGAAACCAGCUUCAGUCUGAGAGAGACCAGCUAAAGGGUGAGAGAGACCAGCUUCACAGUGAGAAAAACCAGCUUCAGGCUGAGAGAAAUGAACUGCAGAAGUGGAGUAAGAUGUGGAAUUAUACCAUCCAUCACGGUCUAAAGUAUUUCACCACAAAGAAGACGAGCUGGAGCAAAACUAGAGAGGAAUGCAGAUCGAAAGGAGCCGACCUGGUGAUCAUCAACAGCCGAGAAGAACAGGAAUAUAUCAGUAGAGUAUUUGCUGGUGAGGCUUGGAUUGGUCUACAUGACACUGUUCAAGAAGGGAAGUGGAUGUGGGUGGACGGUACAGCAGUGACAACAGAGUUUUGGUGGCAAGGAGAACCUAAUGACUACGAUAGAAAUGAGGACUGCGCUGCAACUGGCAGCAGAUUUGCUAAAGAUGAACUUACAACAUGGGCUGAUUAUCCAUGUGAAUCUGAUUUGCAGGCAAUUUGCGAAAAAACGGCAAAUAUUUAGAGCAGUUUUAUUUUUAGUAGUAUUUUGUUAAUCAGGGUCAACAAAGCAAUUGUUUAAGCCAAAUUCAUCUACUUUUGUAUAAAGAUAAUCUUGCAGGUGAGUGAAGAGUUUUUAAAAAUAAAUAAUCUGAAAUCUGUAAAAUCAAAUUCUGUAAUCUAAAUGAAAAGGGGAAGAAAAAUGGGGAUAAUGGUCAUACCAGGAAAUGAUUAAACGAGAACUUACAGUGAAAAAAAAUCCAGUCUCUCUUUCCAUGUUAGGAUAGUUUCAGGGUUUUUUUUUUUUUGUGUAAGACCUAUGUAAAUGUGCCAGAUGUAGUUGGGCUGCACAUUUAUUUGAGACCAGGCAACCCUGUUUUUCCCACAAAAAAAAAGGAGUCAAAAUUAUUCCACAGACAUUCUGACAAGUCAGAUUCCCUAUGUCAUUAUCACACAUUACUUUAAUAUCUCUGUGCUUUUUGCUUGAGUUUCUCACUAAAUGAUGAAUUGAUAUUACUGAGAGAUCGGCUCUCAUGUGCCUUUAAACUUCUUUUUCCCCAGAAGCCAAGAAACAUUGAGUUUUCUUCUGUUUUGUUGGUGAUUAUGUUGAUCAUUGAAUGUCUUUGUCAUGUCUCACUCCACACUGGUGUUAAUAUGAAGCUCGUAUGAAAGUAGACACAAAGAACUUUAACAAUUUGUAGUGUUUUAUCAAUAAGGGAAAUAUAAAUGGUUAAAUUUAUGUGGUUAGUUUUUUUUUUCCACACAAAUGUUUGUAUGGUUGUAAGUGGAGAUGUGCAAAAUGAACAUUUUUUUGUUUUUUUUUCCUAAUAAUCUAUGGUAGAGAAUGAGUAUAUUAAUAUAAUAUCUUCAUAGCCUGAGCUUCACAGUAAACACUCAGGAGUUAAAGAAUUUGUAACAAACCCAUUUCUGCUCUCUGAGAUGCUCCAAGUGUUUAUAAUCAGCUCAAAUGUUCUCUUCAGCCACUACAACUCAGUCUAAUGUUAUCAACAGAGGAAAAUCACACGUC